AUGGACGAUUCUGCGCUGGUCGCACGUCGACAUGUCGGCGUCGCCGCUGAUGGCUUCCGUUAUGCCUCCACCACCGCCAAGAGCGUGCUCUCGGGCCACAUCAGCAAGCACCUGUUGAACCUCCCAGACGAGCCCGAGUCCGGCGGUGAUGGCGGUGGCGGCGAGGAGAUUCUCACCUGCUUAGCUCUGUCGCUCAAUGCGGUGGACCCGGUGAAGUCGCCGCAGCACCUUCAACCAGCAUAUCAGAAGGAAUGGGCUGCGGGCGACUUCGAGGAGGAGGCCUAG